AUGCCGCCCUCGUCUGCCUCCACACCGCCACCAGAAAAGGUAAAAGUUGCAGUCUUCGGAUCAGGACGAAUGGGAACGAUCCGAUCUCAACUCCUUUAUGCGAAUCCCAAGAUGGAACUCGUUGGUAUUGUGGAUACAGCGUCCACAAACAAUGAGAACCCAGCUCAGUUUCUGGCGUCAUCGCUUGAAACUGAAGCAUAUUCCAGUCUUUCAGAUCUUGUUGUCAACAAUACAUCGAAUCAACUUGACGGUAUUGUCUGCUGCACUCCAACGCAUACCCAUGCAUCAGUCGUCCAAGAAGCUUUAGAACUGGAAACCACUAGAGGGAUGUUUGUGGAGAAACCUGUUGACGAAUCUGCAUCCAAAAUCAAGUCCCUUUUUGAGCACGUAAAGAAAGAUGUCAGUAGGAACUUUCAGUUAUGUUGUGGAUUUCAACGACGGUUCGAUCCAUCCUAUCAAGAUUUGCUCGAGACAGUUCGAUCAGGCGCUAUCGGCAAACCACUCAAUAUCAAUAUUUUCUUUGGUGACCAUCCCGUUCCAGAUUUGGAAUUCUUGAAAGAAGGAGGGGGCAUAUUCAUGGACUUGUCAGCGCAUGAUGUCGAUUUUGUGUUGCAAGUCAUGGGACAGAAUCAAGAGACAGGGAUCACUGGUGCUGAUAUUGUGGAAAGCGUGUUUGCGAGUGGCACAUCUUCCGUUCCAGAGCUAGACGAAAUAGGGGUUCACGACAAUGCUACAAUGACCAUGAAAUUUCAGAGUGGAUCGGUAGCCACAAUCUUUAUGAGUCGAUCGGCAUCCUACGGCUACGACCAACGAUGUGAAAUCUUUGGUACGGAAGGACUAUGCCAGGUCGAGAACAUAAAGGAAACAUCAGUUGUUCUAUCAAACAAGGAUGGCAUCCACCAAUCUAAAUAUCUCCAUAGUUUCCCUCAGCGUUUCGAAAAAGCCUUUGGAAUUGAAAUGGAUAUCUUUGCAGAUGUCCUAUUAGGACAACACGCAUGGCCAAUUACCGAAGACGAUUGCAUUCGGGUACAAAAAAUUGCUGAUGCCGCACAGGAAUCCUGCCGAACGGGACAACUAGUGCACUUGUGA